AAAAGUUUUAUCCACAUAUCGCUCACAAGUUAUGCCUUUCUCCUCAAUCCUUUUCUUGUGAGCAUCGUGUCUCGCCUUGGUUCGCCUCUCUUGGCCACUUGGGCCCUCCGCAGUCCUUUUCUAUGAAGUAGAGCCCAUGGGUGGAGGAGACUCUGGGCCCAUCCUCUUUGUGCAGGCCAUGAACAUCAACAGUGCCCCCAAAGAGAUAAGAGUCAACAACAAUGCCAAAACACUCUCCACUAGCUCAAAACCUUCCAAAGACAUCCCAUUAAGUGGUGAGCAAAUGCAAGUAACCGAUUACUACUACAUAGAAUGGCCUUUGUUUCGCCCUAGAACGGUAGUCCAACUAGUCAGUGGUGGAAACGAAACAUGCCCACUUGAUGUGGGCCCACGUACACAAUUAGUCGGUGGCAUCCCAGCGAGGAUUUCGCCUGUGAACUCCGACGAUGGUGUGGUCCGUGAAUUCACUGAUCUCAACAUCAAAUUCGUUUGGGUACCACCAUGUGCUCAGUCUGGUGUGUGGAAUGUUCAGUACGAUGAAGAGUCUGAAGAAUAUUUUGUGAGAGUUGGUGGAGUAGAGAGAAACCCUGACUGUGAAACCAUAACCAAUUGGUUUAAGAUUGAAAAACUUGGAGAUUACUACAAGCUCGUUUUCUGUCCAAGUGUCUGUAACAAUCAUUACUGCAACGCCAUUUGUAAAGAUGUUGGCCGUGAUUCCGAGGGUCGCUUCGUUCUAAACGAUACACCAUACCUGAUCGGGUUCAGAAAGUUCGAACUCUUGAAAUCAAAGAUCAGCUACCAGUACUAA